GGCGGAGGGCGGGCGCGGCGGGGCCGGUAGGAAGCGCGGGGCCGGGUCGGGCCCGGUGUUUGAUUCCUGAAGAGCUGUUCUCGGACAUUAAAUUGGCUAUGGCUGCGGUUACAGAGCCAGAAACCCAGCUGUGUGGCAACUGCAAAAAGGAUAUUCCGGUUGCCAAUUUCACCAUCCAUGAAAUCCACUGUAGCAGAAACAUUGGAGUAUGUUGCUACUGCAGUGAAUCAAUCCCAAAGACUGAAAUGAAAAAACAUAUUGAAUCUGAACAUGUGCAGGUUACCUGUAAGUGUAGUAUGAAGAUAGAAAAAAGUCUCUUGGAGGAUCAUGAGGCAUCAGCGUGCCCUUUACGUCUUGCAGUCUGUCAACACUGUGACAUACAGCUUACAUUCAAUAAGCUUCGUGAUCAUGAAAGUUAUUGUGGAACUAGAACUGAGACAUGCGGUGGGUGUGGUCUUAACAUAAUGGUAAAAGACCUGAAAGAGCAUCCUCGAGUCUGUGGGAAAGAGGUGAAACAAGCAAGAGUAAGCAAAACAGUGGCUCGCUUUGAGCAUGAGGAUGCAGAUUUGCAUUCCCUUCGAGACAUUAAAAACCAGCUAAGAUCAGAUAACUAUACUGGGCCUUUGUGGAGAACGCCCAGGGUGCUAGAAAAUCGGCUUUACAGCAGCUGUGUAGGAGACAAAACACUUAAGGACAUUAGUAGAAGAAAUGUUUCAGCAAUACAAAGAAAUCAGAAUCAAGAGGAUGAACUAGAAGAGCUGGAGAGAAAUAAAAAUGUUAAUUCUUCACUUUACGAAGAACAGAAUGCCAAUUUAGACUACAUGUUAGCCCUUAGCCUACAAAAUGAGAAUAAUCCUCGCAGUAAUAGCGCAGCUGAAAUUCACAGUGAUUUCUGGAAAAACUAUUACACCAAAGAGCAUGUGCCAUCUGCCUAUCUUAAUGAAGUGGACAAGUCAAGCAUCUCUUGUGACUCUCUAGAGUCUUUUACCACUUCAAACCACAUAAAAAGCAAUGAGAUCAUGUUGCCGUGUGAAUUUUGUGAGGAGCUCUACCCUGCUGAAGACCUGAUUCUUCAUCAGACAGGCUGUAAUCCAGCAAGUGCCUUUGCGUCAUUCAGUAAAAGAAGAUCUUCUCCAAAUCCACAAAAAUAUGAUGAUUUGCCUGAUUUUGGGUCCAUAAGCAGUAGAUCUCUUUAUUCAUCCCGGCACCAAGCUGUCCAGGCAGAAGGAAACAUUAUGAUUCCAUGUGAAUUUUGUGGCAUCCAAUUAGAAGAGGAGGUACUCUUUCAUCAUCAGGACCAAUGUGACUUGCGCCCAGCCACAGCCAACCUGGCAGACAGCUUGCCAUCCCAGCAGCCACUGUCUUCUCAAAACAACACAGAGAGAAGAGACUCGCCGGAGCUGGCUAGGAGACGAAUCAGGCAUCAAGGAGAUGUUUCUCCUCGGUGUAUAGAAGGCUUCAGGCAGCAGAGGCUCAGCUAUCCUGCACGAGGAACCAGACCACUAAGUAACAUGACAAAUGCCAGGAGUGUGCCAUUGACCUCUUCUGGUGCAGGAAGAGCAAGUGAUGCUCUGAAUUUGAGAGGGAAGCCUAGAAAGGGAGCUGGUGGUGAGGGAAGACCGAAGAACAGAGGUGCAAUCGAACCUCUAAGUGGGACACCACCACGUACACGACCGACUCAAAACUUUAAUUCAGAAGCUUUCACAUCCUGUUUCUCAAGAACUUCUCCAACACGAUCAGGCAGGGGAAAUGAAGGAGGAAGGAUGUCGGAUGUUCCAGUCAGCUUCAGGAACAGGAAUGCAAAGGCAAAACACCAGAGCCCCGAAUCUGGUUAUCCAGAGGACAAAUGAGCUACCAUUUAUGAAAUACGUAUUUAGCACUCUACGCACUCUUACUAUGCACUACAGUACUUAUUUACUUAUCUGAGCGCAAGUAAUCGCUAUAUUGUCAUGUCACUGAAGACUUUCUAUCAAUUCAAAUUUUUACAGGCAGUGAUCAUUUUAUAUGUAUUUUUAAUUUGUGAGCGUAUCCUACAGGUUUUUACUUCUGUGAUCUAUACUAGCAACAUCCCAAUUCAGCAAAUAUACUUCUACCUAGGGAACCACAUGUUCCAUGGUGACUUUUUUGUGACAGCCAGUGCAAGAGAAUUUCUUUGACAUAAGUCUGUUUCCUGCUGCUCAUGUGCUAGUUAUCCUGAAGACAGCAACAAUGUAUGAUGCAAAAACAACAAGCUAUAUAAGCCAAGACCGCUCUGGGGGAGGAGCUGGUCCUGGUAACUUAUUUAUUGUGUAGUUUGUGUGCUUGUUGGAGUCCCUUAGGGGGAAAGGCUCCCUGGCAGGCAUACCGGAGAACAUCCAACUCUGCAAGAGCAGUUAUCCUUAUAAAUUACAGCCUGGGUGGUUUGGCUCAAAACAUUCUCAACGGGAGCAAGUAGCUGGAGAGAGUAAUAAGGUGGCAUUGCUGGGCACCUUGCAGCUGAGCCUCCUGAAGCUUCAUUUUGUACCUUGCAGGUCUCUGCAAAGCCAUAUAGACCUUGUGGGGAGGAGGGGGUCUCUGCUUUCAGCUGCAUGCCUGUCCUUGUUACCAGAAGUGCCCAGGGCACAGACAGGUGGGAUCAUGAUUCUCAGUGGAGGAGCCCUAAUCCCAUGGUUUUGUUCUGUGAAAUGCUUUUUAAUGCUGUAUUAGUUCAUGCUUUUUAAACUCCUUGUAAUAAAAUUUAUCUAAUGAUGUCCUGAAA